AUGAUGACCCAGGUGGAAACGGUGGUGCACUACGACAACGGCUAUGAGGAUGAGUACAUGAUGCAGGAGGACGAAUGGGACAGGGACAUGUUGCUGGACCCUGCCUGGGAGAAACAGCAAAGAAAAACCUUUACAGCCUGGUGUAACUCCCACCUGAGGAAAGCAGGCACACAGAUUGAAAACAUCGAGGAGGACUUCAGGAAUGGACUAAAACUCAUGCUGCUCCUUGAAGUUAUCUCAGGAGAGAGGUUACCCAAGCCAGACAGAGGGAAGAUGCGUUUUCAUAAGAUUGCCAAUGUCAACAAAGCUCUAGACUUCAUCACAAGUAAAGGGGUGAAGCUGGUUUCCAUUGGAGCUGAAGAGAUUGUAGAUGGGAAUGUAAAGAUGACUCUUGGAAUGAUCUGGACCAUCAUCCUCCGCUUUGCCAUUCAAGACAUAUCUGUGGAAGAAACAUCUGCCAAAGAAGGCCUUCUCUUGUGGUGCCAGAGAAAGACUGCCCCCUACAGAAACGUCAAUGUCCAAAACUUCCAUGUCAGCUGGAAGGACGGCCUGGCUUUCUGCGCCCUGAUUCAUAGACACAGACCCGACCUCAUCGACUACUCUAAGCUCAACAAGGAUGAUCCUCUGGGUAACCUGAACCUGGCUUUUGACAUUGCGGAGAAACACCUGGACAUUCCCAAAAUGCUGGAUGCAGAAGAUAUCAUCAACACCCCCAAGCCCGAUGAGAGAGCCAUCAUGACCUAUGUGUCCUGCUUUUACCAUGCUUUUGCCGGAGCUGAGCAGGCGGAGACAGCUGCCAACAGGAUCUGCAAGGUGUUAGGUGUAAACCAAGAGAAUGAGAAACUGAUGGAGGACUAUGAGAGACUGGCUAGUGAGCUUCUGGAAUGGAUUCGCCGCACCACUCCCUGGCUGGAGAACAGGACUCCAGAGAAGACCAUGGCGGAGAUGCAGAGGAAGCUGGAGGACUUCAGAGAUUACAGGCGUAUGCACAAGCCCCCCAAGGUGCAGGAGAAGUGCCAGCUGGAGAUCAGCUUCAACACCCUGCAGACAAAGUUGCGCAUCAGCAACCGGCCUGCCUUCAUGCCCUCUGAAGGGAAGAUGGUGUCUGACAUAGCUAGUGCUUGGCAGGGCCUGGAGCAGGCAGAGAAGGGCUAUGAGGAGUGGCUUCUCACAGAGAUCCGCAGGUUGGAGAGGCUCGAUCACCUAGCUGAAAAGUUUCGCCAAAAGGCCACCACUCAUGAGACCUGGGCCAGUGGCAAAGAGCAAAUCCUCUCCCAGAAGGACUAUGAAACGGCCACCCUGAUGGAGGUACGAGCAUUACUUCGGAAACAUGAGGCCUUUGAGAGCGACCUGGCAGCCCACCAGGAUAGAGUGGAGCAGAUUGCUGCCAUUGCACAGGAGCUCAAUGAGCUGGACUACCACGAUGUGGCUGCGGUAAACCAGCGCUGCCAGAGGAUCUGUGACCUGUGGGACCAGCUGGGAACCCUGACCCAGAAGAGGAGAGAGGCACUCGAGCGGACAGAGAAGCUCCUGGAGACUAUUGAUCAGUUGUUCCUGGAGUUUGCCAAGAGGUCAGCCCCUUUCAACAACUGGAUGGAGGGCGCAAUGGAAGACCUGCAGGACAUGUUCAUAGUACACACUAUCGAAGAAGUCCAGAGUCUAAUAGCGGCUCAUGAGCAGUUCAAAGCCACUCUCCCUGAGGCGGACGGAGAGAGACAAGCCAUUGUUGGAGUCCACAAUGAAGUGCAGAAAAUAUCCCAGAGUUAUGGCAUCAAGGGCAACAUCACUAACCCCUACAGCACUAUCACUACGGAGGAGCUCCUCAUCAAGUGGGAUAAGGUGAAAAAACUGGUUCCUCAGAGAGACGUUGCCCUCCAGGAGGAGAUGGCUCGCCAGCAUGCCCAUGAAAGACUGAGACGGCAGUUUGCCGCCCAGGCCAACCUCAUCGGACCAUGGAUACAGGCCAGGAUGGAGGAGAUUGGUCGCUGCUCCCUGGAGCUGGGUGGGACUCUGGAGGACCAGAUGACCCAGCUGAAGCAGUGUGAGCACGUCAUCGUGGCCUACAAGCCCAACGUCGACAAGCUGGAAGGAGACCACCAGCUCAUCCAAGAAUCACUGGUGUUCGACAACAAACACACCAACUACACCAUGGAGCACAUCCGUGUAGGCUGGGAAUUGCUCCUCACCACCAUCGCCCGCACCAUCAAUGAGAUCGAGACCCAGAUCCUGACCCGGGAUGCCAAAGGCAUCAGCCAACAGCAGAUGAAUGAGUUCAGAUCCUCUUUCAACCACUUUGACCGGAAGAAGAACGGGGCAAUGGAAACCGAUGACUUUAGGGCUUGCCUUAUCUCCAUGGGUUAUGACUUGGGCGAGGUGGAGUUUGCCCGCAUCAUGAUGCUGGUGGACCCCAGUUCCUCUGGAAUAGUCUCCUUCCAGUCUUUCAUUGACUUCAUGACCAGAGAGACCGCUGAUACAGACACCGCAGAGCAGGUUGUGGCAUCCUUCAGGAUCCUGGCAGCUGACAAACCUUACAUCCUGGUGGAAGAGCUAAGGAGAGAGCUCCCCCCUGACCAGGCGGAGUACUGCAUCAUGAGGAUGCCUCCCUACACGGCCCCUGGAGCACCAAAAGGGGCGCUAGACUACACUGCCUUCUCCACUGCACUGUAUGGAGAAAGUGACCUCUAACUGCACAUCUCAAUGAUCCUGCAGCCAUUGAUCCCUCACCCAAAUCACAAGUGUAUUUCCCACCAACCCCCCCCCUUCAAUGAAAUCAAGGAAUCUAAUCUAUCCAAAAGAAGUAUCCAGUAUGUUGCAUUGAAUGUGCUUG